GAUGGAUAUAUUGAUUUCAUGGAAUACGUGGCUGCCCUCAGCCUCGUUCUCCGAGGGAAGAUGGAGCAGAAAUUGCGGUGGUAUUUCAAGCUCUAUGAUGUAGAUGGCAAUGGCUGCAUUGAUCGACAUGAACUGCUCAACAUCAUCAAGGCUAUUCGAGCUAUUAAUGGUGGUGACCAUGAAACUAGUGCAGAAGAGUUCACCAACCGAGUCUUCGACAGGAUUGAUGUGAAUGGCGACGGUGAACUUUCUCUGGAUGAAUUUGUGGAGGGAGCAAGGAAAGAUGAGGAGUUCAUGGAGGUUAUGAUGAAAAGUUUGGACCUGUCACACAUUGUGGCCAUGAUAAACAACCGUCGGCAUAGCGUAUAAAUCAAGCUGGGAGAAAAUGCUGUGCCAAUAGACAGAAGGGUGUCACAAGGAAGGAGAGACAGCAUUUUUCAAAACAAAAUUUCCAUAAACUUGAAUAUGGAAGUAGGAACAGAAAGACACUGCUAUAUUUGUGUAUCUGAGUGCACGUUCCUGUACAAAUACUGAAGCUUAGCCACAUAAAGGCAAUUCAGCCUCAGAAAAACUGAAUCUGGGCAGCAGUAUUUGACUUGUCUUUCUAAAAUUUAAAGGCCAAAUUUCAGGAUACAAUUUGCUUUUUAUUCUGUGUCCCAGAUUAUCAGUUUGAAAUGGACUAAAAGUAACACCAAGUUU